GACAAGGAGUAUUGCGUCGCGCCAAAAAUGCAAUCAAAACAUUCCGCACACUUCGCUGUUUCGAGACAGCAGCCUCUUGAGCAAUUUGGACGAACAGCAGUAUAAUAAACAGCAAAAUGCCGCCAGCACCAGCUUGUCCUGGCUCUCCUAUCCGACCAAAGACGCUCUCUAUAGUCAUAGCACCAUCCGCUCCAAAACCUCCCAGCACAGCUUCUAAGCCGUCCACACCCAUUGCACCAACAUCUCCAAGGAAUCCCUCGGCAGCUUUUCAAUAGCCUGUGAGUAGUAUCACAUGAGAUGAAGAAUGAUGUUUGGGCGGCGCUGAUACGCAUUGGUAGUUUCGAAGAUGCAGUUCACCAAGAUCAUCGCCGUGGUUGUUUCGCUCGCUGCUGGCUCAGCGGUCGCCAUGCCUGUACCACAGCUCCCAGGCCUAAGCGGCGGUGCUGAUUCUCUUUUGUCGCCUCUCAGCGGGCUGACCAGCGCCCUACCAUUGAAGGGCCUUGUACCGGUGAAGAAGGAAUGAAAGGGAUGAUUCGAUGAUGG